AUGUACACACAGACACAUGUACAUACAUACACACAAACACACACACACACGUACAUGCACACACACAGACACAUGUACAUACACACAGACACAUGCACAUGCACACAUGUACACACACACAAACACACACACCAUAAAAAGUUGCAGUACUUCUUUGUUCACUCACUGAGCUGGGUACUUCACUCUAGGGGGAGGCAGAGAGCACACACUCCUUCCUUUGCUUUCACUGUGCUCAGCUAUUGAGCAGUCUGACGGCUCCCAGUGCCAAUGACAGAUCCGGCCUGAGCUCCGAGGCUGCUCAGCAAGACGGCCCAGGGGGACACACUUGCCCCCACCAUAAUUUCCACUCGCCAUUGGCAAGCAGGCGACUGGAAAUUUCAAGCCCUGAUUUCA